AAGAAUUAAAAAGUGACCUACUUGACUGCCGACACCACUUGGAGGAAAUCGACUGAGAAAUAGCCGCUGGUAGCUGCGACCUGCUGCUGCGAUAGAAGACUGGGAGCAGAUUCGCAGCUGAAUCGAGUGGAAGAGACGAUCGGGUUACGGGAAGAGGUAAUUGCGGAUCUUUAAUUAGAAACGGGCUGAAGCCCAAUUUAAUUGCUCCCUUGGAUGAAGUCUGGACAGUGAAAAAAAUUGACCCACAACUUAAUUGCGUCAAUUGCGAACGCCAUACGCCAUAAUUAGCAUCGAAAAUGGCGAUCGCAUACAAUUGACUUCAUUUGAUCAUCGAAAAAUUGCUCAUCUUAGAGUUUAAGUAUAUUGUAAAUGCCACAUGCGUUGUAUGAAGACAAUUGGAUGAGAACUACCAACAAGAGUGAACAGAAAAGAGGUCAUGACUGGUUGUGAGGGUUUGGCAGGGCAACAAGAAUGUUGUUAUGCAUAUUCGCGUCCCCUCUUGCGCACAAGACCUUGACGGAGUUCGGAGACGAGCGAUUGGCCGUACUGCCGGUACCGGGAACGCCUGGACGGUGACGGUCGACGGCUAGGUAGACAGUGAUUGGCAAAGGCGAGUGACGACUGCGAUAACCGGCGUUCCAGACUUCCAGGAUUUCAGUCGUAAGGGGCGUUCCAGGCUCCAAGUCUCGAAAUCCCACCAGUUAACCAGUGCAUAGGGUUUCCAAUUCAGCAUGGUGAGGUUCAAGAAUAGAUACAUGGUGAUGGAAGUCUUUCUGGAUCCAAAUAAGGAUAUUAUGGUAAAUGACCCCAUCAUAAUUACACAAUUCAAUUUGAUGAAAUCUAUCAAAGAUAGCAUGCUCGCAAACUUUGGAGACUGUGGUCUAGCCUCAUCACUCAACUCAUUACAUGUGAAGUAUGUAAAUCCUAUUACAAAAGUUUGCAUAAUUAGAGCAUCAAGAGAAGAUUAUAAAAAUGUUUGGGCUGCAGUUACCAUGAUUAGAAGCAUCGGCAACUGCCCCGUGGUUUUCAACUUACUUGACCUGAGUGGAAGUCUUGAAGCCUGCAAAGAGGCUGCUUUGAAGUGUGAAAUGUCAAAGUUUGAGCACUACAAGUUGCGGGUUGGAAGCCAGAUCAAUGGAGAUGCUGAGCAGCUCAUGACGAAUUGUCUCGAGAAGAUCAAAGUUUUGGAGCACUGAAAUCUUCUUUUUGAGGUCAUCUAUUCAAAUCCCUUUUUUUAAAAAUUUGCACUGUUUUGUUGCAUUCUAUAAGUUUCAGAGUUUUGAUGGGUAUUUAUAUAUCUUCAAUUGAAGUCAUUUUGGGUCUCUAUAAUGUCUAUUUUAAGUCUCCCACCCUCUAAAACCCUACUCUCUAAUUCUCAAACUCUAUUAUCUCAUACUCUAUGCCAGAGCUUAGUUAAAAGAUGUGGAACAUGGUUUUGUAAAACUAUAGUUUUGUACGUUGGCUCUGAUACCACUGAAAGGUAACCAUGCAAGGAUAGGCAGCGGAAUAUAAAAUUUUUAACAUCCUAACAUGAUUAUCUUGCCCAGAAUCACGUACUAAAACUUAUAGUGAGUAAGAAAUUUAUACAUUUCUCCGUUGAAAGGGUUGUUGUUGUUUGCCAUCUACAGAAAAUUUUGCAAACUAGGUUAUCUAUCAUGUUUAAUAAUUAAUUAGGCCUUUAAUUAAUUAUCUCCCACUAUUUUUAACAAAUCAAUAACCCUCGAUAUUGAUUCGGAGAUUUCCGGCGAAACCUCUAGUGGGCCAAGAUCCAUAUUUCAUUAUCUUGCGUUCGCUUGGGCGUUACUCCACAAGACAACUAUUUUGUCAUUUUACCAAUUUUUGAAUUUUAAUAAUUACCAAGUUAAAACUUUGCCUUUUAAAAUUUUAAAAGUCAAACGUAAAACUAUAGUUUUGUACGUUGGCUCUGAUACCACUGAAAGGUAACCAUGCAAGGAUAGGCAGCGGAAUAUAAAAUUUUUAACAUCCUAACAUGAUUAUCUUGCCCAGAAUCACGUACUAAAACUUAUAGUGAGUAAGAAAUUUAUACAUUUCUCCGUAAGCGGUUUUGAUAAUGCCAAACCGCCGUGAUCAAGUCGAACAUUGAAUAUACAAGGCGAAGAACGAAGAUAAGAGCAAGAGCUAAACGAAGACCAAGAACGAAGACCUUAAUCAUAGUAUUGAGUCGGUCUUUAUUGUGAUCAAGACCGACCCAAUCUUUACACCUUGGCUCUUUAGGCUAAAAUCUCUCAUUGCAUUUCUUACAUCAUAAAAAUGUUUUUCAAACUUUUUUAAGUCAUUAAAAACACUUGGUGUUC